AUGAUUGAUCGUUCCCCAAAGUUUAAAAUAGAAUAUAUGGCUCCCUUAAGCCAACACUAGAAAGUAUUAAUAGAAGAAGAACCUAAUAUUGACAUAAUAGAAUGCGACCAAACUAAAAUCUCAUUUAAUGAAAAAUUAAUUGUUUGUAAUUACAAACCAUGGCAAACUGUAAUUGAAAUAACUAAAACUAUUGAAAAACUUAAAGGACAUUCAAAUGUGUAUUGGAUUAAUCCAACCCUUGAUUCACGUCUAAAAAGCAAUUUUAAAUCUAUUUUAAAAAAUUCUCCAAAAGUUUAAUCCAAUCUCUUUUGAAAAAUGUGUGAUCUAUAUUUGUUCUAUAUAAUACCUAUAAAUAAAAUGAAAAAUAGAAUAAUAAGGUAUUCAUUUAUAUUUCAUUAAUUCUAUAUUGGUUAAUUAAACUGAAGAAUUGAUCACUAAAUUAAAUAAAGAGAGAGACAAAAAGUUAAUUGUUGAAGAACUCAAAAUUAAAUGAGUUUAUUUAAUUCAUAUUCAUAUUAUUAGUGAACUUUUUAUUUUAAAAAA